ACCGAGGGUCCCUUGUUGUCAUUUCCUUUAAUUUCUUUAUUUUAUCGAAAAUUUACCAAAAUAGGGAUCAAAAUGUCGGCUCGACGCGCCACCCACGCUGGCAGUUGGUACACGGACUCUGCGACCGAGUUAUCCCGGCAACUGGAAGGGUGGCUAGGACAGGCUGACUUAUCCCAUGGCCCAGCGAGAGCAAUCAUUGCGCCACAUGCUGGCUACCAGUACAGUGGGGCAGUAGGUGCUCAUGCCUACCGACAAGUUUCACCAGUUGUUGUGAAACGAAUAUUUGUUUUGGGUCCUUCACACCAUGUACGUUUGUCAGGCUGUGCGCUCUCUUCUCAUAGCAAGUACCGCACCCCUUUCUACGAUCUCAUAGUUGAUCAACAAGGUGAGAGGGAGAUUUUUCUUUUCAUAAUAUAUUCCCCGUAG